AUGGACAAUGCAAGCACCACCAGUAACCAAACCAAGAAGAGGACUGGCAAAAGCCUCCAGGCCUGUUGGCAAUGCAAGAAGCGCAAGCUUCAUGGCAAUGCAGCUCAAGCGAUCAUCAGCUGUUCGACCAAACCUGAUGCAGUAGAGGAAGCCAGCACCUGCUCGACACACAUGGCUGAAAGGCUUUCCAAGCUGGAGCAACUCUUUGAGCGGUUCGUAUGUCGCAAGAGUCCGACGAGUGGCGGCCCAAUCUUGUCGCCACAAAGUCCUCCUUUGACGGUAUCGGGUUCGAGCGACAGGCAUCACAAACGGCCCAGGACAGGCUCCUCGGACGACCUGACGAGCCUGUCUUCGAUAGGUGACGGGAUUCCUGGAGCACAAGCAUGGAAUUCAGCAGCUUCGAUCCGCACGCUAAUGGGCAAAGUGGACAGCAGAGGCGACUGCGACGCUGACGAACAUGCUCAUCGGUCUCUGACGGCUCUGCUGCCGUCGCAACACGACGCGGACAUUAUCUUCGAGUCAUCAAACACUUGGAUGAUUCUGGAUACCAUCUAUCGAGCGUCCAAGGACCUCUAUCUCCACCGAGACGAGCAGUCGUAUACGCUGGACAUGAAGGCCGUGGCUCAAGAACGGCCCAUCAUUGUCGCUCGUACGCUUCUGCACCUGGCCAUCUGCCUCAACGGACUGCCGCCCAACUUUGACAGCUCGCGCCUGACGAGCAUCUGGAAUCUCGAGCACACGGUGCGGAACUACGUUGCGACUGUCACUUCUCUUGUGGCUUCAUCAGAUGAGCAGAUGAUGACACUGCAUGGGCUCGAGACGCUCUUGCUCCUCGCCUUCUACCACCUGGAUUCGGCGUCUCUGAGGCAGGCGUGGCUCGUUGUGCGGCGCGGGCUUAACCUAACUCACCUGAUGGGUUUCCAGCGCAUCCUGAUGCAACAAGACGACAACCCGCCGAUUGCGAUUAUAUCCAAUGCACGGAGCAUAUGGCGCACGUUUGUUGAUCUCGACCGGUAUCUCAGUUUGCACCUCCGGCUUCCGUUUGGGUCGGAGGAUUAUCCGCUGCUGGGAGAUGACGAUGCGCACCUGGUCCAUCGUGCCAAGCUCAACACGAUUUCGCGCAAGAUGGCCGGGCUGGAACGCGAAGUCUCGCCACAGGCGUACUCGGCAGCGCUCGCAUUGGACGAGCAACUCGAGUCGUACGUGCGAGAGAUACCGAAAGAGUUCUGGGAGGUGCCAAACAUACCGUCGACGGCCAAGUCGCCCGAGUCGUCGGCAGCGCUGGAGCGAUUGAUUGUGCAGAUGUGGCACUUUGAGACGAAGAUUUUCCUCCACUUACCCUAUCUCCUCCGCGCGCACCUCAACGACCGGUACGAGUGCUCCAAGUUCACGGCAUUGCAGGCAAGUCGCAACGUGUUGAUGCGGUGGUUUGCGUUACGCAACGCGUCGAUUACGCAGGCUUGUUGUCGGGUAGCCGAGAUUGCCGUGUUUAUAGCGGCCGUGACUCUGACAUUGGACAUUGUUAUCGAACUGGGCACCAAGGAGAAGAGCGAAGUGCAGAAGAACAAAGGGACGGACUUUGCCAUGCUCUGCCGACUGAUUGGCGAGAUGGAGAAGCUGGCCAAAGCCAGCCCACGCGAACGGACGGCGGCUCAGAGUGCUAUUGUGCUCAAGAAGAUACUGUCGUCGCUGGACCCGAGCAAGCAGCAAGCAGGCAAAUCGCGGCUCACGAUUCCGUACUUUGGCACGGUGGAGCUCGAGUUCAAGAAGCCGCCGGUGCGGACUGGAUUUGAUGUCGACGCCGACACCAGCAAGCUGAUGGAAGUCAAUGCUACGGGGCAGCAUGUGCCCGUCUUCUCGUUUACGAACAAUUCGCUGUGGCCCAAGCCGGAGCCUGGGUCGCGUGCUGAGCUGGACUGGGACAUUGUUGUCUUUGAUGGUCUGGAGGACCGAGACACGGAGGGCAACUGGAUGUUUUAG